GCCCGAGAGGGAAGCAGCAGCCAUACAAAGAGAGAGAAACGUAAACUAAAGUAAGAUGUUUUCUAUGUUUUUAGUGAGAAAUAAUUUCACGAAAUUCUGUUCGGCCAGGCCGAUGUUUACAUCAUUUUCUCUUACGAGCCAUGUUGAUGACCAACCAGUGCUUGAAACUAGGGAAAUAACUAAAGAUCGAACCGAACAAAUUCCCGUGGAAACUAGCAUCAGAUACCUGAAAAGUGCUGCAUUUCACCAAACCUAUGAGGGACAGCCAGUGUGGGUACUUUAUAGAAGAAAUCACAAAGGAUUAUAUCCACCCAAUAAAACAAGAAAAACUUGCAUAAGGGGUGGUCAGAUAUCGACAGGCAAUCCUUGCCCUAUUUGUAGAGAUGAGUAUUUAGUUUUGCAUGAAGAGAAUGUUAAUUUGCUGAAGCAGUUCAUCUGUCCAUAUACUGGAAAUAUUUUGAGUUAUUCUAAAACAGGCUUGUGUCAGAAGAAGCACCAACAACUAGUCGUAAGCAUAAAACGGGCUUACGACAAAGGUUUAAUAACUUUUGAUGUACCCAUCAGGAAAUAUAACUAUUCUGAAUUUUACUCUGAAAAAUAAAUAAUGGAGGCGUGUUUUGUUGUUAUUGGAGGAGGUAUAGCUGGCGUUACAUGUGCUGAAAAUUUAUCAUUGCUUGAACCGGAAAAAACUGUCAUUUUAUUAAGUGAAUCAUCAUUAAUCAAAAGUGUAACAAAUCUUCAUGCAAUCACAAAAGUUCUUACAGAGUUUGAUAUAAAAGAAAUUGAAUGUAAGAAGUUCAGUUCUGAACAUCCCAAUGUUACUAUUGUUCAUAGUACUUUGACUGAAAUAAAUGAUGAGGAACGAUAUAUAGUAACACGUGAUAAUAAAGUUAUCAAGUAUCAAUAUUUAUGUAUCUGUACCGGAGCUGAGCCAAAACUCAUUCCACAGUCAAGCACCUUUCCUCAAAUUAUAGGUAUCAGAGACACCGAUUCAGUAGAUCAAUUUUUGAACAAAAUGCAAGAUGCAAAAAAAGUUGUAAUUGUUGGGAAUGGUGGUAUAGCCUCAGAGCUGGUAUACAAAAUGAGAAAUGUUGAAAUACAUUGGGUUAUUAAAGAUAAAUAUAUAACUGCAACAUUCGUGGAUCCUGGUGCUGCUGAAUUUUUUCAAUCUUCUCUAAACAAAAAUGAUGAAUUUGAGGAACCUGUUAGCAAGAGGAUGAGGUAUGUGGAAGACAAUUUCAUAAAAACAGGUGCGGCUUUGGGACCUGACUGGUAUAAAAAUAUUAUUAUCAGUGGAGCUGGAAAUCAAAAAGUUUCAGUGGCAGCAGUAAACAUACAUUAUGAGUCUGAAGUAUUAUCAAUCAGAGAGUUAACAGAUUGUCAAUUCUCCCUGGAAGUUUUGUUGACAACAGAAGAAAAGAUAGAAUGUGACUUAGUAAUUUCAGCCACAGGUGUUACUCCAAGAAAAUGCUUCAAAAUUAAAAAUGAACUGGAAGUAUCCGAGGAUGGGGGUAUUCAAGUAAAUGAAUUUAUGAAAACUAAUUUGCCGUUCAUUUAUGCCGCAGGCGAUGUUUGUUCGGCUAAUUGGCCCCUGGCCAAACACUGGUUUCAAAUGAAAUUGUGGACACAAGCACGGCAAAUGGGGUGCUAUGCUGCAAAAUGCAUGGUGGGACACUUGAAUAACGAAGAGAUCUUACAAGAUUUUUGUUUUGAAAUGUUUGCACAUUCUACCAAACUUUUCGGUUAUAAAGUUAUACUAUUAGGUUUAUAUAAUGGACAAAAGUUGGGGAAUGAUUAUGAAAUAUUGAUCAGAAUGACGAAGGGACACGAGUUCAUCAAGUUUGUUUUGGAAAAUAAUAAGCUACAAGGAGCUGUAUUGAUUGGUGAAACAGAUCUUGAAGAAAUGGCAGAAAAUCUAAUUUUGAAUCAGAUUGAUCUAUCACCUUAUGGUGAUGACAUUCUUAAUCCUAAAGGAAAUGAUAUUUAG